AUGUUGUUUACGGUGAAGCAAAUUCGCGGCAUGCCAAUGGUGACUCAUGCUGUGAUGUUAGAUAAACAAAACGAUUUAAGAGAAACAACCAAGAAACUUCUAUUCAUCAGAAAUUCUACUGUGACGUUAAUUAUAGCAUUUGGAGAUGGAAUUGAAAAUUUUCACUUUAACGUCUUUUUAAAAGCAAACGAAGUACAACAUAAACAGGCAGUUUCAAUCAAUUUAAUUUCAACAAGAGAUGGAAGACGAGGAAAGAUAAUAAAUUCAUUGAACCGUAUGACGAUCAAACGUGUUUUAAAUAGCUCGUUUAGAAGGAAGAACCUCAAAUGUGAUGUCUGA